UUUCACUCGGUUCGUCUCAAUGUAUUUGCAGGACGGCCCAUUUAUUUCUGGGUUAAUAUCACAUCAGACUCUAGGAAAAUUACUGACAGUUUUCUUUGCUCCGAUCUGCAUUCAGAUUUCACAUUGUUCUGACAGAAGAAUUAACUGAUGUUAGCAUGUACUCCUGAGACACUCGUGCUGAGUAGAUAAAGGCGAUAAUCAAUCGAAGGCUCUGGGUGUCUGUCUGCUGGUCUGGGGGCGGAGGGGUCACUGAGCCGACCAGAAGCUGACUGGGUGACAUGUGUCCAGUGGUGUGCUUCGGAGGUGGGUCCCAGUGAAUGUUUGCUUUGCUUUAGCAGCUAAACUCUCUCAGCAAUGAGCCAGUGAGUGGUUCACUAGAGGCUAAGGAUACCCGGAGGAGCAGCGCUAUAAGUGGUAGAGCACAGAUAGAGAAGCCAGCCCCGCCUGUAAGACUCCCCCAAACCACCAUCCCUCCCCAGCCCACACCCACCCCCCCCCCCUCCCGACUCGGCUGUUUGUGGCGCCGGAUAACCGGGACUGCGAGGAGGAGGACCGGGAUGAGCAGGAGACCGCAGUCCCAGGGAUGCGCGGCUGUGGCUGUACCUGUGUGUGGGGUAGCCUGGUGCUAAGCGCCGGCUGACAGGAACUGCAGCUCACUCACACCUGGCCGAUGUGAUUCCCGGCUGCCGCUGCUUGGGGGGUUUCUGACCGAGUCAUUGCACUGAAGAUGCUGCUUCGCCUGGAGCGCACCCCGGCAAACGGGCCGCACAUCCGCAGCCGUUCACUGCUCUGCUUCUUUCUAGUGCUUCUUUCCCAGAUCACCGUCUCCCGGCUCCUCCUAACAGGCUCGGUGGCAAGCUGUGAGAAUGAAGGUGCUGCGGUAGAAAUCCCACGAAUUACAGAUAACCCGUGCAUCUCCUGUCAGUGUUUGAACAAAGAAGUAAGAUGUACAAGAGAAAAAUGUCCUCCCUUGCCAAAAGACUGCGCUCUUGUUGUCAAACAGCGAGGAGGUUGUUGUGAAAAAUGCAAAGAAUGCAUGUUUGGUGGGAAGAUAUACAACAGCUCGGCAGCCUGGCUUGUACCUUCCAAACCCUGCAUCAUGCGGACAUGUCAGGAAGGUGUCAUUACAGAAUCAGAGGUACUGUGUGUGGUCUACUGUAAAAAGCCCAUCAUGCAGCAGGGAAGCUGCUGUCCAGUGUGUCAAGUGUGCGAGUUUGCUGGUCAUCACUACAGAGAAGGUGAAGAUUUCUACCCAGAUGGAAGCAAGUGCAUUAAAUGUUCCUGCACUGGUGGCACGCUGCACUGUUUCCAGGAACUGUGUCCCAUCCUCUCCUGCCCUCAGCACCUCAGUCAUGUGCCACCUGGAAAAUGCUGCCCCAGAUGUUUAGGUCAGCGUCGAGUGUUUGACCUUACGGCUGGGAGCUGCUUGUUUCGCAGUGAGGUUUAUGAACAUAGGACAGUAUUCCAGCUCGAUAACUGCACUAUUUGUGUGUGUGAGUAUUCCACCGUGGUUUGUCGGAAGCGAUGCUCCUUACCUGGAACGUGUUGGGGGAGAGCUCAGUGCUGUGAAGAAUGUCUCUCCUAUAUCUCAGCUGAUAGUCUCACAGUCUGUCGGGUUGGAAACAGGAUUUACAAGGAUGGAGAAAUGUGGUCGUCCGUGAACUGCUCUCUUUGUACUUGUAAGAAGGGAGUGACAGAAUGUUGGAGGAAGGAAUGCUCCCCCAUCAAGAGCUGUCCUGCGGGUAAAAUCAUUAACAGGAAUGGAUGCUGUCCAAUCUGCACGGAAAAGCCGGGUGUUUGCACUGUGUUUGGUGACCCUCAUUACAACACGUUUGAUGGAAGAGCCUUUAACUUCCAAGGGACGUGCCAGUAUGUGUUAACUAAGGACUGCUCUAGUGUAGCUAGUUUCCAGGUGUUGGUGCAAAAUGAUGCCCGCAGGACCUAUGCCUACUCAUGGACCAAAUCCAUCGAGGUGAUGCUAAGUGGGACCAGUAUUAGCCUCUUGCAACAUCUGACUGUGAAGAAAGAUGGGCUGAAGAUCUCCCUGCCCUAUAAGAACCAACAAUUCUCCAUUGAAUUAGAUGGUUACUUACUGAAAGUAACAACAGAAGCAGGUAUUGUGAUUUCAUGGGAUGGAGACAGUUUUGUGGAAGUUCUGGCAAAUCCAGGAUUGAAAGGCAAGCUUUGUGGUCUGUGUGGGAACUACAAUGGGCAUAAACGAGAUGAUCUGAUUGGUGGAGAUGGCAAUUUCAAGUUUGAAGUUGAUGCUUUCGCUGAAUCAUGGCGAGUGGAAUCAAACAGAAUUUGUAACAGACCCCAGCGGAGAUUACGACCGCAUCUAUGUUCGGGGGUUGUAAAGGUGAAGUUCCGGGCUCACAGGGAAUGUCAAAAACUGAAGUCCUGGGCCUUUAAGAACUGCCACUCAAAGGUCGACUAUGUUUUGUUCUACAGAUCCUGUCUCACAGAUAUGUGUGAAUGCCCGCUACACAAGAACUGUUACUGUGAGUCUCUGCUUGCCUACAUGCGGGCCUGUCAGAGAGAAGGUGUUCAGGUUCACUGGCGCCCAGAGAUGAGCUGUCUCGCUACCCAGUGUAAGCAUGGUGCUGUAUAUGACACAUGUGGUCCAGGCUGUUCCAAGACCUGUGAGAACUGGAAUGAAAUUGGCCCUUGCACUAAGCCAUGUGUGGCAGGAUGUCAUUGCCCAGCAAACAUGGUACUUCACAGAGGACGAUGCAUAAAGCCAGCCUUAUGUCCCCGGUGACACAGUUGGGGACCUCUGACCUCACAAUCAAUGGUGAUGAUUAAAAAGCAGUUUCUUUCACCAGCCUUGGAUUGACUGCUCUGAUGUUGUAACUUCAACAAAGAAAGAAGAAUGCAUGUAUAUUUUCAGUAUGAGCUAAUUGAUGAUUAACCAUUGGAAAAAAUAUAUAAACUGAUUCUGAAUGUAUAAACAGACUAAACCUUUAAAUUAAUAUAAAGAGAAACAAACUUAAGCCAGUCAAAAAUCAUUUAUUGUACUGUUUUCAACAUUUAAAAUAUUUCAGAAGUCAGUGUUCAAUAUUUAAAUAUUGGCCAUUGCACGUUUCUGUGGUGAGCUAAAGAAAAUUUAACUGCAAGAGUGAAGAAUUAGCAGCUUAAAAUAGUGCAUGAAUGGAGGGCACACUCUCCUCACUAGAUCAACAUGGUUAGAAGUGUGAUCUUGUCUCUGGAAAGAUGCAAGACUGAGUUUUAUUUGAUAACAACAAGUUUUGUUCAUUUUCCAUCCUUUGUGAAGGCAGAUGAUAAAGGAGCUUCACGAUGGGCAAUGUCUUUAACAUCGCGAUUGCCUUUUUCUGAAAUUCCCUCAGAUUCAGGUUGGCACACAAAACGAACAAGUGUGGACAAAACUUCAACUUCCAGAUGUUGGGGGAACAACAGCUGGGUCUUUGUCCCAGAGCUAAUGGGAACUGCAGAUGCUGGAGAAUUCCAAGAUAAUAAAAUGUGAGGCUGGAUGAACACAGCAGGCCAAGCAGCAUCUCAGGAGCACACAGCUCAGGGACUGAAAGCAUUCUGUUGCCUUUUCUCAAGAACUACUGGCUUGAUGCGUUUUAGGAUUAUUUGUUCGUAGAUCCAACUUGUGAACGGAUCCAGUCAACAUUAUCCUCACUAAUAAUUACAGAACUCACUAUACACAGAAAGUCAAAGUGACUGCAAUGUUCAUAAACCAAUAAGGAACACUGCCUGGUGUGGAAUGUAUCUGGUGUAUGUCUCUGUUAUUCCUGUUUAGAAUGGAACAGGAUAGUCUGAUGCAAUGUGUUUCCACUUCUCACCCUGUUCCAAACAGGAAUUAAUUGUUGGAAGAGCACAAAACAGAAAUAAACAUCAAGUUGGUACAAGAUUGAUUCAAUUUGAAGUUACCAAAAGACGAUUGCUCAACUUAAGGUGCAAGGUUUGUUUUCUACACCUGCUUAUUGUGGUGUGAAUUGUUAUUUAUUUAUAGAAGGCAAAUAUGUCUGUGAAUGUGGUCACAUUCCAUAUUCUGCAUGAAAACCCAGUAGCUACAACAGCAGUCAAGAACAGAGAUGACAGCACUAUUUCAUUCAAUGUAGCAUUAAAACAUUUUGGUGACUUAUUUUGUUUAUUGAUAUUUUUGUAUAUUUCAUAAAUUCUAAAGGGCAUCUGGGUUAAAUGUUGGCACCUGCUAGUGACCAGUUUUCUGUUGUCCAUGUGACAGACAGUAUUUCAUCUUUUUAAAAACAUUUUUUAAAAUAUUAUUAAGAAAAUACCCUGCUUGGAACAACAAAGUUUCAGUUGAAAGGCAACAUCCUCUUCAUUAUUUUUUUAAAGAUAAUCUGAUUGCUACAUUGUGUGUUAAGAUUUAACUAAAUUACUUGGUCAACAUUCCUUAUUCACUUUUGUUAAUUGUCAUAGUACAAUUGUAGAGUUCAGCUACCAAUGCUUUAUAACUCGUAGCAUCUUGUGUGGAACAAACACAACCUUGAGGAAAAUUUCUGCAGUUUGUGUUUCUCUGGAAAAAUGAGCGAAGAUAUCCCAUGCAGAGCACAACUGCGACUGUACCUUCUUCCUGUGCCAUUAGUAUGUUUCAUGUCCCUGGUUAAAAUGCUUGUAAAAGUUGUGUUAGAUCUAUUGCCUGUGCAAAAUAGAACCACAUUCAGAAAUCCCAAUUGUGACUGAUCACAUCAACCCUGCGUAGUCAAUUUAUUCAAGUGCACAGCAAUCAAAUAAAGAGUGAGAGACAGACAGUUAGCUACUGCCAAUAAUAAAGAUUCUUUAAAAAAAAACACUGAUCUGAAUUUACAGGAGUGAUCCUCUUGGCUCCUCCUUAUAAAACCAUGCUACCCUCCUCUUCCAGACCCAUCUCUGCCCUGGUCAGGGAGUAGUUGAUGGUCUAGUGGUAUUAUUGCUAGACUAUUAAUCCAGUAAUUCAGCAAAUGUUCUGGCGACCGGGUUCAAAUCCCACAUGGUGGAAUUUAAAUUCAAUUAAAAAAUGCUGGAAUUAAGAAUCUACACAUCAUCAUGAAAUCAGGGCCAAUUGUCAGAAAAACCAAUCUCAUUCACUAAAGUCCUUCAGGAAAGGAAAUCUGUCUCCUUCACCUGGUCUGGCCUAUAUGUGAUUCCAGGCCCACAGCAAUGUGGUUGAUACUCCAUUGCUGUCUGAAAUGGCCAGGCAAGCCAUUCACUUGUACCAAUUGCUACAAAUUCUCAAAGAAAUGAAACUGGAUGGAUCACCUGGCAUCGACCUAGGCCCUGGAAAAGGCAACUACGGCCGAAACAGCCCUGUCAACCCUUCAAAGUCCUCCUCACUAACAUCUGGGGUUAGUGCCAAAACUGGAAGAGCUGUCUCACAGACUAAUCAAAUGACAGCCUGGCGUAGUCAUACUCUCAGAAUCAUACCUAACAGACAAUGUCCUAGACACUGCAAUCGCCAUCCUUAGAUAUGUCCUGCCCCACUGUCAGGAUAGACCCAGCAGAGAUGGUGGUGCAUAGUCGGGAGGCUCUGGAAGGCCUCAGCAUCGACUCAGGACCCUAAAGGACACAGCUGCUAUACUGGGUCUGUGGCAGGUGGUGAGGGAACAAACAAGAGGGAAAAACAAACUUGACCUUAUCCUUACCAAUCUGCCAGCUGCAGCUGCAUCUGUCCAUGACAGUAUCGGUAAGUGUGACCAUCACACAGAGCUCUGCCUUCACACUGAGAAUAACCUCCAUCAUGUUGUGUGGCACUAGCACUGUGCUAAAUGGGACAGAUUUCUCACAGAUCUAACUGGACAUCCAUGAGGCACUGUGGGCCAUCAACAGCAGCAGAAUUGUAAUCCAGCACAAUCUGUAACUUAAUGGCCCGGCAUAUUCCCCACUCAGCCAUUACCAUCAAGCCAGGGGAUCAACCCUGGUGCAAUGGAGAAUGCAUGAGAGCAUGCCAGGAGCAGCACCAGGCAUACCUGCAGAUGAGGUAUCAACCUGGUGAAGCCACCAAACAGGGAUACUUGUGCACCAAGCUGAAUGAGCAGCAAGUGACAGAUAGAGCUAAGCGAUCCCAUAACCAACGGAUCAGAUCUAAGCUCUGCAGUCCUGCCACAUCCAGUCAUGAAUUGUGGUGGACAAUUAAACAACUAGGCACAGGCAAUAAAUGCUGGCCAGCCAGUGAUGCCCACAUUCCACAAAUGAAUAAUUUUAAACAGUCUCCAGUUCCAUCCCAAUGAGAUGUUAAUCUGUAUCUUUGCCUAAUGCACCCUGUAAAUGAACUGAUCUCCCCCAGGAGUUUAAGGGCCCUAACAUCCGAGAGCUCAAAUUCCACAGCAGAGAUCCUACUCCUCUUCAAAGUUGUACAGUGAGAUUUCUUACACACACCUGCCAGACCAUACCCUGUUCUCAUAUGAUCCAAAAGACAGCCCCUCUUACUCUGAUGCAGUCCCUUCGUGCUGCCGGUAAAAUUUUGUAUCCAAUUUUGUGGAAUGAAGCUUGAUCCCACUACCGACUGACUCAGAGACAUGAGUCAUGGCUGAGGGUGAAUUUUUGAAUUAUACAGGAACUAAUGUGCAGGGAAGGAAUCCUCAUUGAUUAUUGGAAUACGUGCUGUUAAGACAAUGAAGAGACAAAAUAAACAAAAACUUGAUACAAAUGACCUUGUCAGGUAUUUUUUUAAUAACAGCCAAUAGAACAAUUCAACUAAUGUUUGAUAAAAAGCAAAUGCUGUAUUCAAUGACAGUCAUGAAAGGUGCCAAAU